UUUUACUUUCUCUUUCUUUCUCUGUGUAUUGAAUGCAUUUUUGUGUAAAUAAAUGCAAAAUUCAUCAUAAAUAAAGUGAUUUUGAUAUUCCAGAUCCAUUUCGGAAAUACAAGACAAUAGAAGGCACACAAAUUUGCCGAGAUAUAAUCGAAAAUAGCUGUCAACAAAUCUGUUUAAUUUACAUCAUCAUUUCUUUUUCUGCGUUCUUAUUUUCUCGACCAAUAGUCAUCUUUUGAGUAUCAGCAGCUAUCAUAGGAUAAAAUCACUUUCAGCAAGUUCAUUACCAGUCACUGGUAAAAAUUAUUCCGCAUCAGCUUAGCAGUUCAAGAAUAUUUAGACAUCCUGAAGAUUCGCUGAGUAAAAUGUAGCUGCCAUUGCACUGUCCCCAUUACUUUAAGGUGUCGAUGAUGUCGGCAGUGGGCGGCGACCCGCUGCUGCGUCGCGUGAAGCAGGAGGCCGAACAGACGUACUCGCCCCCCGCCGGCGCCGAGCUCGCCGCGCACCAGCUCACCAUGCCCAUGAUGCAGCCCACAGAGCAGAUGGAUCUGCAGCCGAAAGAAGAAGUGAAGUUCUGCGUGUCGCCGACAGAUGGCGGCGUCGUCGGCAACACCAGCCCCGACCAGCAGCACUGCUCGUCUACCACAGUGGCAGUAUCAAACGGCACUCGCGACGACGAGGCGCCUCGCCGCCUCUGCCUCGUCUGUGGCGACACGGCGUCCGGCUUCCACUACGGCGUGGCGAGCUGCGAGGCGUGCAAGGCCUUCUUUAAGAGGACCAUACAGGGCAACAUCGAAUACACAUGCCCCGCAUCCAACGAGUGUGAGAUCAACAAGCGCCGGCGCAAGGCGUGCCAGGCGUGCCGGUUCCGCAAGUGCUUGCGAACUGGCAUGUUGAGAGAGGGGGUGAGGCUGGACCGAGUGCGGGGGGGGCGGCAGAAGUACAGACGAGCCCCGGAUGUGCCCACGCAUGCGCCGCAGACGUUGCUGAGCGAUAUUAAGGUCCUAGAAGCCCUCUCGUCCUACGAGCCAGAACUGCUGACCUGCGCGGCGCCGCCGGCCGGGGUCACUGACCCGGCGGCCAGGACGCUGGCUCUCCUGGCGGACCUGUAUGAUAGAGAGCUGGUGGGAGUGAUUGGAUGGGCCAAACAGAUCCCCGGGUUCACUGACCUGCAGUUAAACGAUCAGAUGCGCCUCCUCCAGAGCACAUGGGCGGAGAUGCUCUCGCUCAUGACGGCGUACCGCUCGAUGUCGUCCGCGCCGCUGCGCCUGCGCUUCGCACACGACCUCAGCCUCGACGAGGCGCAGGCGCGGGAGAUAGGCGCUCACGAUCUGUUCUUACAGAUAGCGGGCGUGGCGAAGCGUCUAGAACGCGCCUCAGCAUUACGCGAAGAGUGCUACCUACUAAAAGCCCUGGCUUUAGCCAACUCAGAGGCGAGGAUCGACGAGCAUGCGGCGUUGAGGCGCUUCCGAGACUCCAUACUGACGGCGCUCAAUGACGCCAUCUCUACGCUCAGGCCAUACAACGCCAUGGCGGCGCUGCAACAGCUGUUACUCGUGUUGCCAGCUCUGAGACACGCGGACUUCGCCGUGCGUCGCUUCUGGUCCGGAGUGAACCGCGACCGCCGCGCCCCCAUGAACAAACUCUUCGUAGAAAUGCUCGAGGCCUGUCUCCGAUAAACGGACGACCUCCGUGCACGGCGGGAAUAAUACUGGCAGUACAGCCGCGCGGACGCGAAAAGAAAAAACAAACUGACAGCUGUCAAUGUCACUGUCAAGUUUUGGCGGCAAGGAGUGGCGAUGAAAAUUGAAAACUUUUUUGUUUGUAAAAAGACUUCUUGUGUGUAACACAGUUGGUUUUGAAUGCGAGUGUUGAAUUGAGUACCUUAGUGUUAAACGUAAAUAUUUAUGUGUGUAGGCGCAAUAUGUGCGGGACACAUCACAAAGUGAUGCCUACUAGAAUUGUAAUGUUUCGACGUGAUGUUUUUAGUAAUAAUGUUAGUAUUACUAUUGUUAGUCGUGCGUUACUUUACACAGUGUUGGUUGGGGCCGCGCUACACACUGCCAAUCUUCGACCAAGUCGGCUUGGCUGUGUAGCCCGCCCUUGCCAUGGUAAGUUACUAGUGUAAUAUUACCUGCAAUAUCUACAACUCUUUAGUAGAAACGAAAGGCGUGGGGUCGCUGGAAUUACUUUAGCUUUUAUUGACAUAUAGCUUAGCUAGCCUUUAUUUGGAACUUUAUUGGUAUGAUUCGGAUGCAUUUUGAUUGUGCCAUAGUGUUGGAAACACCACAGGAAAGUUGUAAUAUAUCACGAGUUUGGAAUAAGAUCUUUUGCCAUAUUUUGUUUAGUCUGCAUUUAAGUAUUUAAUUUUACUUCGGUUAUGGGGUAAUGGAUAGCGAUGGUGGAAAUUAUGGGAAGAAUUUAUUUGAUUUAUUAUAGUUGCACUUGUAGAUCACUGGUUAAAUAAAAUAACAACACUUUAGAAAUGUGUAAAAAAUCAAAAUUGUCUAUAUUAUUUUAAUUAAUUGACAGACUCUAGUCUGUGGAAUGAUGGCUGUGAAAGAGUAAUAUUACGUGCAAAAUUUUUAAUUGUUUUUUUUUUAUUAUUAGUAUGAUAUGUAUAGCAAAAUUGUCUGAAAAUAAAUAAAGUUUGAUUUUAUAUAUGAAAAAUUAAUCUGUUUGAAAAUUUUGGCGUCCCCGCGCCGUAAAUGUACAAAACUGGACGGAUUUAGUACAAAACUUGUUACUAUUUUUGUAAACUAUUAAAAUUUUAUCUAGUUUUAAGGCGCGGAAGGUUUGACAUUAUGUUGUACGAUCGAACAAAAUGGCGUCGAUAGCUUUUUUUCUGAAAAGCUGUAAAAGUUUUUCCCUAUUGUACAAAUUAUUGCGAUGCAGUAACCGUAUUCGGUGCGUUUAUUAAAUACACUGUUAUUUAUCGACAUUAUAUUCAGAUAAUAUCCCAGUUGCAUUGUAAAUGUUAAAAAAGUUAUUUUAAAAGAAACUCAGAGCAAUAUUUAUGAAAAAGUCUGUUCCUUGCAUGGAGUAUUUUGUACAAUUUUAUAACAAUAUAUAUAUUUUUGGGAAUGUGAGUAAAGAAAGAUGAUAAUUGGUACCUAAAUGUAAUUAUACUACUACUACAUGUGUAGAUAUAUAAAUUUUAUCAUGUAAUAUUAAAUAGAGUAUUUAAUGGAACAGUAGUAAAAUGUAUACCUCAACCUGUUACCACUAUAUAACUUAAAUGGAACCUGACGAUUGUACAAUACCAAGUAACUAUACUACGAACGUGUUUUUAUUUCUUAAUUCCAGUGAGCUAUUUAUACUAUGUUCUGUUGUAGUUAUUCUUAUGUUAAGAAUAUUUACAUUUUUAAUCUAGUUUUAUUGAUACUGCGUGUUUGAUGGCGGCAGUUUUAAAUGCUGAUUUCUGUUGUUGGGGUGACCGGAUGAAUUUUCUGUUUCUCAAUAAGUAUCUGUAAUCUACUGGGCCAUUCAUGAGUUAACUAUGUUGAUAUAUAUUCAAAAUAAUGUUUAGUAGCAAUCAAGACAUGCCGCACAAAAUAUUUUGUUCCAAAUAUGUAAUAAGUAAUGUUUUUUUUUUUCAUAUAAGUAGUAUCAUAUUCCAUUGAUUUGAAAUAGUUUUUGACCUUGCUAUUAUCAUCCAACUAUGAUUAUUUAAAAUAUAUAUUUUGCGCUUGUGUUAGUUCAAUGCCGUUUCAGUCCAAAACACACGUUUUUGUUGAAUGGAAUUUGUUACUUUUUUUCUUGUACAUAAAUGUUAAGCAUACAUGUGAACCGAUAAUGUGAAAUGGAAAUAUAAAAUGAAAAAAUA